AUGGAAUUUAACCCCAGCAACCUGACUACGGAGCGUGAAGGGGCCACCGUCACCCUUUCGCAAGCGCACCUCGCCUACGAUACGGCCCUAUGGGACUACCAAUAUGAAGAAAUGGUGAUGGCGGUGAUCUUGAAGCGGCUCCCCGGGCUGCGUGUGAUUGAGGAGCAGGCCGUGCUCGGGUUGUGGACGGAGAAGGACGAGAUUCGGCACGCCAACGAGAAGCCGAUGACAGCUCCGCCGUCGAAAGUGCCAGAUGGCGAUUGCAAGCCGGUCGUUGGAGCGCUACGACGGGAGAAUUGUUCGUCGGCUCGCGCACCUGGCAAAGAAGAGGUCGAGGACAUCUACAAGGACUACACCUCCGACCAGCUGAAGAAGGUGGUUGACGAGUACUUCGAAAAGACCGAAAGGGAGCUGAAGAAGAAGCUGGACGACGCCGCUGCCACCAUGAAAGCCGCGCAAGAGGCCCAUUCCAAGGAGCUCGGCCGCUGCUAUGCCUUGGCCCAGUAUCAGAUGAAGGAGGCCCGCGCCCUGCGCCGCGCCUAUGAGGAUGAGAAUGGAGAAGGGCCCAACUUUUCCCUUGACCUCCCAGAGGUGGAAGAUGCGGUGCAGUGGGGUUCGCCCUUCGACCUGGCUGUGCACACCAAGCCAAGUCUCCCCCCAUCGCCGUCUUCGGAUGAUGAGGUGGACGAGGAGGGUACUACCGUUUCCCGCCGCCCUUCACAUGCUGAUGCUCCUCCUCAACACCGCUGCUCCUGCUCCAAUGCCAACCGUCGUCACCACUUCUCC